AUGAAUAGUCCAAAUCGAUCAUUACACGACGAAGAUGAAGACGAUCAUGGCGAAGUUUUCCUUGAAGAUUCCGAUAUCAUACACGAAGUCGACGUCGAUGAAGAAGAUCUUCCUGAUGCUGUUGACGACGACGACGACGACGACACGGAUGAUUCUAUGCACAUUUUUACCGGUCAUACCGGUGAACUCUAUGCAGUUGCAUGCAGUCCAGCAGAUCCUUUAUUAGUGGCUACUGGUGGAGGAGACGACAAAGGGUUCCUUUGGAAGAUUGGUCUUGGAGAUUGGGCUUCUGAGCUCAAAGGUCAUAAGGAUUCUGUGUCUAGUUUAACCUUUAGUAGCGAUGGACAGUUGCUUGCAUCUGGAGGAUUUGAUGGACUUGUUCAAAUUUGGGAUGCCAGAUCAGGAAACCUUAAAUGUGUACUCGAAGGUCCUGAUGCGGGCAUUGAGUGGGUCAGAUGGCAUCCAAAAGGGCAUCUGGUCUUGGCUGGUUCCGAGGACAAAAGUGUUUGGAUGUGGAAUGCUGACAGAGGUGCCUAUCUUAAUUCAUUUGUAGGACACGAAGCAAGUGUUACAUGUGGUGAUUUUACCCCUGAUGGUAAAACGAUCUGUACUGGUUCUGAUGAUGCAUCUUUGAGGAUAUGGAAUCCAAAAAGUGGUGAAAAUAUACACGUUGUGAGAGGUCAUCCAUAUCACACUGAAGGACUGACAUGCCUGGCAUUGAGCUCAGAUUCUACUCUUGCUAUUACUGGUUCAGAGGACAAAUUUGUCCACAUUGUGAAUAUAACUACUGGCAGGGUAGUUAGUUCUCUGGGUUCUCACUCGGAUUCUGUUGAAUGUGUCGGGCUUGCACCAAGCUCCCCUUGGGCUGCUACAGGAGGCUUGGAUCAAAAGCUUAUCAUCUGGGAUCUGCAGCAUUCAAUGCCCCGCGCCACAUGUGAACACAAGGAUGGAGUUACAUGCCUGGCAUGGCUUGGUGCAUCUAGAUACGUAGCUACAGGUUGUUUGGAUGGGAAAGUAAGACUAUGGGAUAGUCUCUCUGGUGAUUGCAUAAGAAUAUUUAGUGGCCACCUUGAUGCCAUUCAAUCUCUAUCUAUAUCUGCUAAUCAAGAUUAUCUUGUCUCGGGUUCAAUUGAUGGGACCGCACGAGUAUUUGAGAUUGCUGAGUUUAAGUAA